AUGAAUGAGAAUAUAUGUAGGGAUUGUAAAAUGACAUUUGAAUCAAGUGAAUAAUUGGCUAAUCAUGUUAAAAGAGUAUUAAAGCAUAAAUUGAUGAUAGUUUUGUAUAAAUUCUGAUUAUGGUAAUUUAAAUAAAUUGGAACAGAAACAUGAAUAUGUUACAAAACCUGCCUAUCCAGAAAUGAAACCUAGUUUAAAAUAAUAGGAUCCAUCAUCACUAAAGAAUUAUGGUGGAUAUACAUUAGUAUGUAGAUUUAAUAAAUCAGGACUAAAUCAAAUCAAAUCUAAAAACUAAUGAUGAUGAUUUUAAAAGAUUAGAAAAUGCUGUACUUAGAAAGAAAGAGGAUGAAUUAAUUGAUUAAAUAGAUAAGCUAAAAUAGGACAGAUAAUAAAUGAGAGUAGUUAGUGAUUAAGAUGAACACAUUUAUUCAAUACUGUUACAAGAAGUAGAAUUGAAAAAAGAAAGAGAGUUUUAAUGUAGAAUAGAAAAAGAAUAGAUACGCAAAUUAAUUAAUGAAAUAGAUUCAUGGAAGAUGUCUGUAUUAGAAGAAUAAAAAAAAUAAAUGUUAGAAAAGUUAUUAGUGGAAAGAGAAGAUUUGAAAAAUAAAUAAUUAUAAUUAAUAGAAGAUAUCAGAUUAUUUACUAGAGGACAUAAAACAUUCUUUUCAAUGGAAUAAGCAUAAAGAGUUACUGAUAAUAGAAUAAUAGCAUCAGCUUAAUAUUCAGAAGCAAAAUAAUAAUUAGUUAAAUUACAUACUAGAUUAGAAUAUAUGGAUGCAGAGAGAAAUAGAAUUUAAGAUAAUGUAGAGAGAAUUAAAUUAGGAGAUUUUGGAGAAGUAAGAAGAGGAGAAUCUUCAAAAAAUAGUAUACGUAAUAGUUAAUAAAUAUUGAAUGAUUAAAGUUAAAUAAGAAAUCAUUAGAAUUAUGAAGAAAUUGCUAGGAUGAAAGAAAAAAUAGCCCAAGAUGCUUAGAGAUUAGAAUAAUUAAAAAGAGAAUAAAUGGAUAGAGUAGAUAGAUUAAAAACAUCUAGACCUUAAUCUCAUUUAUCAAAUUAAGUUAUAGAUGAAUUAUAAUAAUUAAAAAAUGAUUAUUAAUAGGCUGGAGGUUAAGAUCCUAAGUUUUUAAAUGAUGUAAAUAAUUUAGAAUCCUUUUAUAAAGGAGCAGUAUAAUAACCAUAGUAAUUAUAAUAAUCAUAAUAAUAAUUUUAAUAAUAAUAAUAAUAAUAACCUAAUUAAUUUUUAUAAUAAUAACCAAUAUAAAUAUUUUAAUAAUAACCUAUGUUUAUUAAUCCUUAAUAAUAAGAAAUUUAAACAAUUAAACCAAAAAAGAAAGAUUUUAAUGAUCCAUUUUAAUAAUUUUCAAGAAAGAAAGAAUUUUUCUUAUAAAAUAAUGUAAGAGGAGUUGAUUUAACUAGAGAAGAAUAAAUAUUGAUGAAUUUACAGGCAUAAGAAGUAGAUUCUUUAAGAAUGAUUUCAAGAAUUCCUAUUGGAACUGAAAUUUAUAGAUUUAAAAUGGAAUAAUAUAAAGAAUUGUCAACUAUGAGAGCUGAAAUGGAAAAAAUUAUUUAAGAAUAAAGAUUAUAAAGAGUAAGAAGAAAUUUCGAAAAGAAAAGAAGAGAAAAGGAUAAAGAAUUUGAAAAUAAUAAAUGGGUUGAUGAUCAAAGGAAAUUUAUAAUAGAAAAUAGAUUAAGNGGACUAAAUCAAAUCAAAUUUAAAAACUAAUGAUGAUGAUUUUAAAAGAUUGGAAAAUGCUGUACUUAGAAAGAAAGAGGAUGAAUUAAUUGAUUAAAUAGAUAAGCUAAAAUAGGACAGAUAAUAAAUGAGAGUAGUUAGUGAUUAAGAUGAACAUAUUUAUUCAAUACUGUUACAAGAAGUAGAAUUGAAAAAAGAAAGAGAGUUUUAAUGUAGAAUAGAAAAAGAAUAGAUACGCAAAUUAAUUAAUGAAAUAGAUUCAUGGAAGAUGUCUGUAUUAGAAGAAUAAAAAAAAUAAAUGUUAGAAAAGUUAUUAGUGGAAAGAGAAGAUUUGAAAAAUAAAUAAUUAUAAUUAAUAGAGGAUAUCAGAUUAUUUACUAGAGGACAUAAAACAUUUUUUUCAAUGGAAUAAGCAUAAAGAGUUACUGAUAAUAGAAUAAUAGCAUCAGCUUAAUAUUCAGAAGCAAAAUAAUAAUUAGUUAAAUUACAUACUAGAUUAGAAUAUAUAGAUGCAGAGAGAAAUAGAAUUUAAGAUAAUGUAGAGAGAAUUAAAUUAGGAGAUUUUGGAGAAGUAAGAAGAGGAGAAUCUUCAAAAAAUAGUAUACGUAAUAGUUAAUAAAUAUUGAAUGAUUAAAGUUAAAUAAGAAAUCAUUAGAAUUAUGAAGAAAUUGCUAGGAUGAAAGAAAAAAUAGCUUAAGAUGCUUAGAGAUUAGAAUAAUUAAAAAGAGAAUAAAUGGAUAGAGUAGAUAGAUUAAAAACAUCUAGACCUUAAUCUCAUUUAUCAAAUUAAGUUAUAGAUGAAUUAUAAUAAUUAAAAAAUGAUUAUUAAUAAGCAGGAGGUUAAGAUCCUAAGUUUUUAAAUGAUGUAAAUAAUUUAGAAUCAUUUUAUAAAGGAGCAGUAUAAUAACCAUAGUAAUUAUAAUAAUCAUAAUAAUAAUAAUAAUUUUAAUAAUAAUAAUAAUAAUAAUAACCUAAUUAAUUUUUAUAAUAAUAACCAAUAUAAAUAUUUUAAUAAUAACCUAUGUUUAUUAAUCCUUAAUAAUAAGAAAUUUAAACAAUUAAACCAAAAAAGAAAGAUUUUAAUGAUCCAUUUUAAUAAUUUUCAAGAAAGAAAGAAUUUUUCUUAUAAAAUAAUGUAAGAGGAGUUGAUUUAACUAGAGAAGAAUAAAUAUUGAUGAAUUUACAGGCAUAAGAAGUAGAUUCUUUAAGAAUGAUUUCAAGAAUUCCGAUUGGAACUGAAAUUUAUAGAUUUAAAAUGGAAUAAUAUAAAGAAUUGUCAACUAUGAGAGCUGAAAUGGAAAAAAUUAUUUAAGAAUAAAGAUUAUAAAGAGUAAGAAGAAAUUUCGAAAAGAAAAGAAGAGAAAAGGAUAAAGAAUUUGAAAAUAAUAAAUGGGUUGAUGAUCAAAGGAAAUUUAUAAUAGAAAAUAGAUUAAGGAAUGAUUUUGGAGAAGCAAGAAAGGAGAGUCAUUUAUAUGAUCCAGCUGAAGGAUUAGUUAUUCAUUGGGAUUAUGUUUUGGGAUUACCUAGAAAAACUAAACUUGCAUAAUUUGUUUUUGCAGUAUUUAAUAAUAUGCAAUAAUUAAAUUAACCAAAAUUAAUAGAACCUUAUGAUUGUGAAAUUGAAGGAGAGAGUUCUAAUCGUGUAUUAAUUGGAGAGACUAGUCAAUUAUAUGAAAUACCUGCUCAUCCAGAAGUAUUAAUUAUAGUCGAAGUCUAAUUACCUGUAAGUAAGAAAUUAGAAGAGAAUAUUGGUAAAACAUAAUCUUAUGGAUGGACAUAAAUUGAUUUAUUUGAUUAAUAAAGAUAAUUAAAAAGAGGCAAAUUCAAAUGUCCAUUAUAUAAAGGACCAACAGAUGCUACUAUUACAAUUGAAAAUAUUGCUAAAUUGGAACCUAUUCCAAAUGCAUGGUUUCAUAUGAGAAUUACAUAUCCAAAUGAUGAAGAAUUAGGAUAAGUUAGAUCCAUUUAUCCAGAAUAGACUGCCAUGGAAUAUAAUAUACCUUAUAUACAUUUGAGAAGUUUAUUUGAUAGAAAUUAUGAGGCUGCCAUUGAAGGAAAGGAGUAAAAUAAUAAAGAUAAUGGAAAAUUUAGUUUGAAUGGUUAAAAUUAUAAAGUAACUGAAGAAGUAGAAGUAUUUGGUAAUAAAAGAAAGAAUACUCCAUAAAUUAAAUAAUAUGUUUUAAAAGGAGAUAUGAAGAAAGGUUAUAGAGUUUAAAUACAUUUUAUUUAAAAUAAAAUAGCCAAUAAUUUUAUGAGAGUCAUGUGUGCAGCAUUGACUGAUUAACAUCUUAUGAUGGAUCCAAGUGGUUAACCAUUAGCAUUUAAUACUACUAUUCAUGAUCCUAGUAGUCCUAAUCCAGGAUAAAAUACAGAAUCUAAUCCAUUUCCACUUAUAGAAGCUGAUCCUUAAAUGAAAGGUAUCAGUAACAAAGCUGCUAGAUCAAUUUUGAUUGAAUUUAAUGAAGAAUAUAGAUUUUUUUACAAUUUUCAAGAAUAAGCUAUGAGUUCUGGAAAAGUAUAUUGUUAAUUGAUAUUAUUUAGACUAUUUACCUAGGAUUUUAAGUAGUUGAAAAGAAUGCAUCUUAAGGAGGAGCCAAUACUACAAUGACAAUGGGAGAAUAUGAAGUUAUUGGUUGGUCUUAUAUAAUAUUUGUCAAACCUGAUGGAAGUGUUAGAACUGGGAGAAAUACUUUAAAUUUAUUUNUAUGAUCCAGCUGAAGGAUUAGUUAUUCAUUGGGAUUAUGUUUUGGGAUUACCUAGAAAAACUAAACUUGCAUAAUUUGUUUUUGCAGUAUUUAAUAAUAUGCAAUAAUUAAAUUAACCAAAAUUAAUAGAACCUUAUGAUUGUGAAAUUGAAGGAGAGAGUUCUAAUCGUGUAUUAAUUGGAGAGACUAGUCAAUUAUAUGAAAUACCUGCUCAUCCAGAAGUAUUAAUUAUAGUCGAAGUCUAAUUACCUGUAAGUAAGAAAUUAGAAGAGAAUAUUGGUAAAACAUAAUCUUAUGGAUGGACAUAAAUUGAUUUAUUUGAUUAAUAAAGAUAAUUAAAAAGAGGCAAAUUCAAAUGUCCAUUAUAUAAAGGACCAACAGAUGCUACUAUUACAAUUGAAAAUAUUGCUAAAUUGGAACCUAUUCCAAAUGCAUGGUUUCAUAUGAGAAUUACAUAUCCAAAUGAUGAAGAAUUAGGAUAAGUUAGAUCCAUUUAUCCAGAAUAGACUGCCAUGGAAUAUAAUAUACCUUAUAUACAUUUGAGAAGUUUAUUUGAUAGAAAUUAUGAGGCUGCCAUUGAAGGAAAGGAGUAAAAUAAUAAAGAUAAUGGAAAAUUUAGUUUGAAUGGUUAAAAUUAUAAAGUAACUGAAGAAGUAGAAGUAUUUGGUAAUAAAAGAAAGACUACUCCAUAAAUUAAAUAAUAUGUUUUAAAAGGAGAUAUGAAGAAAGGUUAUAGAGUUUAAAUACAUUUUAUUUAAAAUAAAAUAGCCAAUAAUUUUAUGAGAGUCAUGUGUGCCGCAUUGACUGAUUAACAUCUUAUGAUGGAUCCAAGUGGUUAACCAUUAGCAUUUAAUACAACUAUUCAUGAUCCUAGUAGUCCUAAUCCAGGAUAAAAUACAGAAUCUAAUCCAUUUCCACUUAUAGAAGCUGAUCCUUAAAUGAAAGGUAUCAGUAACAAAGCUGCUAGAUCAAUUUUGAUUGAAUUUAAUGAAGAAUAUAGAUUUUUUUACAAUUUUCAAGAAUAAGCUAUGAGUUCUGGAAAAGUAUAUUAUUAAUUGAUAUUAUUUAGACUAUUUACCUUGGAUUUUAAGUAGUUGAAAAGAAUGCCUCUUAAGGAGGAGCCAAUACUACAAUGACAAUGGGAGAAUAUGAAGUUAUUGGUUGGUCUUAUAUAAUAUUUGUCAAGCCUGAUGGGAGUGUUAGAACUGGGAGAAAUACUUUAAAUUUAUUUAAUCCACCUUUGAAGAGACCACCAUUAGAUGAAUCAAAUGUAAUUAAAGUUAUUUAACUUAGUUAUCACAAUCAGGAAUUAAAUUAGAUUAUUCUUUGUAUGACUUUGAAUAUAAUGAUGAAGAUAUGAUCAAAUGGAAAAAUCAAAGAGUUUUUUGA